GUGUGUGCGUGUGUGUGUGUGUGUGUGUGUGUGUGUGUGUGUGUGUGUGUGUGUCUGUGGGAAUUCACCUGGGUGACGUCACACGUUCACUACACACUGCAUCGCGCGCUGCCGUGGAGCCGCAGUACGGAGCCGAGCAGCCACAGAGGACAGAGGAGACAGAGGAGACAGAGGCAGAGGACAGAGGACAGAGGAGACAGAGGCAGAGGACAGAGGACAGAGGACAGAGGAGACAGAGGCAGUCAGUUUGAAUGAACAGCAGCGGACUCGAACACUUCCUGAAGCACCACUGAAGAAAGAGUUUGUGAAGUGGCACUUCCAGGAAAGACCGAGAUUCAAACACCAAACCCACGACAAACCCGAGGCGGCUCAGCGGAGGAGGAGGCGUAGGUGAGUGGUCACCAUGGCACCCUUCCUGCGCAUCUCUCUCAAUGCUCAUGACCUGGGCGUUCUGGCUCCUCAAUCUGAACCUCCCAUCUGUGCCAUCAAGAUGAAGGAGUCUCUCAACACAGAGCGAGGAAAGACCCUGGUCCAGAGGAAGCCCACCAUGUAUCCAGGAUGGAAGUCCAAUUUUGAUGCUCACAUUUAUGAGGGGCGUGUCCUAGAACUGGUUCUCAUGCAGAAGACUGAUGAGCCAUUGGCCAAGGCCACAGUGGGCGUGUCUGUACUGGCAGAACGCUGUAAACAGUCCAAAAACAACGGACGUACCGAGUUCUGGGUGGACCUAUAUCCUUCAGGGAGGAUCCAGGUGGCUGUACAGUUCUUCCUGGAGGACAGUGAUGCAGAGUCUAUGAAGUCGUCAGUGAAGCUUCCUCCGGAGGAUGGAGUCAUGACCCUCAACAGGAGGAGGGGAGCUUUCAAGCAGCCCAAGGUUCACAUGAUCAAGAACCAUGAGUUCACCGCCACUUUCUUCGGCCAGCCCACCUUCUGCUCUGUGUGCAGAGAGUUCCUCUGGGGGCUCAACAAGCAAGGUUACAAGUGCAGACAAUGCAAUGCGGCAAUCCACAAGAAGUGCACCGAAAUUAUCAUUGGCAGGUGCACUGGAACGGCAGCGAACAGUCGUGAUACUGUGUUCCAGAAAGAGCGCUUCAAGAUUGAUAUGCCACAUCGUUUCAAGCACUAUAACUACAAGAGCCCCACUUUCUGUGACCACUGUGGCAGUCUGCUGUGGGGUCUCUACAAACAGGGCCUCAAAUGUGAUGACUGUGGCAUGAACGUACACAGUAACUGUCAGAAAAAAGUGGCCAAUAUGUGUGGAAUCAACCAGAAACUCCUGGCAGAGGCUCUGUCUCACGUCGCCCAGAAAUCUAUGAAGAAGCCAGAUGACUCCGAGGCAGCAGACGUUGGGAUCUACCAAGACAUCCAAAGUGCAACAGUAGACCCUAGUGGUGGUAAGGGGAAGGCAGGAGAGGGCGUGAGCCCAGUCCCAGUGGCCUCGACAGUCCCCCGGGUACACCUCACCUUGAACCACCUGGUGUUCCACAAGGUGCUGGGCAAAGGCAGCUUUGGAAAGGUGCUGCUGGCAGAGCUGAAGGGACAGGGUAAGUACUUUGCCGUGAAGGUUCUGAAGAAGGAUGUAGUUCUCAUGGAUGACGACGUGGAGUGCACCAUGGUGGAGAAGAGAGUCCUGGCCCUCGCUUGGGAGAACCCCUUCCUCACACACCUCUACUCCACGUUCCAGUCUAAAGAGCACCUCCUCUUUGUGAUGGAGUACCUGAAUGGAGGCGACUUGAUGUUCCACAUCCAGGACAAAGGGCGCUUCGAUCUCAACAGAGCCACAUUCUAUGGUGCUGAGAUAAUAGUGGGACUGCAGUUCCUCCACUCAAAAGGAAUCAUCUACAGAGAUUUGAAGCUGGACAAUGUGAUGCUGGACAAGGAUGGACACAUAAAGAUUGCAGACUUUGGCAUGUGCAAAGAGAAUGUGUUUGGAGAGGCCAGAGCCACAACAUUCUGUGGAACACCAGACUACAUUGCACCAGAGAUCCUGUUAGGACAGAAGUACACCUUCUCAGUGGACUGGUGGUCUUUUGGUGUGCUAGUGUAUGAGAUGCUGAUUGGUCAGUCACCUUUCCAAGGUGAUGAUGAGGACGAGCUGUUUGAAUCCAUCAGGUCGGACACUCCUCACUACCCUCGCUGGAUCUCCAAGGAGGCCAAGAACCUGAUUGAACUGUUGUUUGAUCGAGACCCCAGUCGGAGGUUGGGCGUGGUGGGAGACAUCCGUAAACACUCCUUUUUCAAAACCAUCAACUGGCCAGCACUGGAGAGGAGAGAGGUGGACCCCCCUUUCAAGCCCAAAGUGAAAUCUGCCAGUGACUGUAGCAACUUUGACAGAGAGUUCCUGAGUGAAAAGCCUCGCCUCUCCCACGCAGACAAGAACCUCAUCGACUCCAUGGACCAGACCGCAUUUGCUGGCUUUUCCUUUGUCAACCCCAAGCUAGAACAAAUGAUAACCAAGUGAACAUGCAAAAUGGUUUCCCUGGGAGCACGGUCCUAGCCCAGCACCCCAAAACAGGUUGUUAUCCUGCUGUCUUAUCAACUGGAUGGACGACAAGAACAUGAAAAGAUUUGGGCUCGACUAUGACUUAUGCACUUCCUCUGUCAGAGGAUGAGAUAAAAUAAUACUGUUGUUUGCCAAUGUUUAAACCAAUAAUCAUGUCUCAGCGGUCAAACGUGUAUAAAGGAGUGUAAAGCUGAAGGAAAUUAAGGGAGAUUCUAAAAGAAACCAAUGUUACUAUAAUCAAUGCUGGGGGGGUGGUCAAUUCUGCAUUUUGCUGUUUCUUACUUUUCUGUGAUUUUUGUUGUUGUCAUGAUCACAUCUUGAAUCUGUACAAAUCGUCUAUUGGACAUAAUUUGAAUGAAAUAUAUAUAUACAAAUAUACAAAUAUAUCCACCUUGCAUCGCACCCGCAUGUCAGGAGAAGUCAGUGGUACAGACAGUAUUCACUCUCACCCUGUGUUGCUUUGCCCGCUGUAUACCCGCUUGCACAUCCCCAUCUGGGAGUGUGUGUUAGCACAUGCACACCAGUGUGUGGGUGUGUGCAGGUAUUUUCUUAGAUGCAAAUGGUGCUGCUGUGCCCGGUAACAUUGUCUGCUUUUCAAUGAAUCCUUGGUUUAUCCAGUCGUCAUAGGAAGAAUUGUAGCACAAAGCUGGGAGAGGGAGAGUGGGGGGUUGUUAAAUCCCUCUGAAUUAAGCUUAUUGAGGAACUGUUCCCUUCACACUGCACAUUCACACACACCUCAAAGAGUGUGAGAAUGUGCGUUUCUGUUUUUUUAAAUUUAGCAGAGACAUCUGCAUGUUGUCUUAUUUUCUUUUUUGUGCCACUGAUGUCAAACCUCAGGCUGCUCAUCAAACUAAAGCGUAACAUAAAACAAUCGAUCCGCAUGUCAUGCUCGGGUUCAUUUCCUGGGUUGUCAGCAGACUUACUGGAAAGAGCUGUAGCAGCGGUGUGGUACUAUACCUGAAGGAUGUGUGUAGAAGGAUGUGUCAUUUUGUGUAGGAGGGAGGGGCUUAUUUCACUGGAAACACAAAGUCUUUGAGAUGUAUUAUAUUACUUGAAUGUAGGAAUUUUUAACAUGAGAAUAAUAGUGCUGUCUAUGUAAAAAAAAACAAUAUGUACGUAACCAUGAGCUGUCUCCUGAGUUAAGGGUCUACUUUUUUACUCUCCUCGUCUUUUACAUCUGAUUAUAAAUAAAUAUAAUAUAAACUCAAAA